CGUACGUCUUCCCAAGAGGAAAAUAGGCCAAAGAGUAGAAAGGGGGAGAAAAACAAGAAAAGAAAUGAUCGCUGCCCCCGUGACCGGCGACAUCCCGACCGGAGCGCCGCCGCCUGCUCCGGAGGAGGAGGCUGGGCCUCCGCCGUAUGGAUCGGUAGUCCUCGGCGGCACCUUCGACCGCCUACACGACGGCCACCGCCGCCUCCUCAAGGCCUCGGCGGAUUUGGCCAGGGAUCGGAUUGUGGUGGGCGUAUGCACGGGCCCCAUGCUCGCUAAGAAGGAGUACUCUGAGCUGAUCGAGCCGGUCGAGAAGCGCAUCAAAGCCGUGGGGGAUUACAUCAAGUCUAUUAAACCAGAACUGAUAGUACAAGUGGAGCCUAUUGGGGAUCCCUAUGGCCCAUCCAUUAUUGAUGAAAAGUUGGAUGCCAUUAUUGUCAGCAAGGAGACACUAAAUGGUGGACUUGCUGUAAAUCAGAAAAGAGAAGACAAAGGACUGCCAUUGUUAAAGGUUGAGGUUGUUGAUCUUUUAUCUGGAGGUGCAGAGGGGGAAAAGUUGAGUUCAUCUGCUUUACGGAAGCUCGAGGCAGAGCAAACUCAACAACAAAAGGAAACAAUAGCUAAUCAAGAAGGUGUUUAGAGAUGAAAAUUACUUGAACCUUGUUAGCUGCAUAUGCAAAUCUUAAGUGAUCCGCCCAGAGCUUGUUAGAAAAAAAACAGAAAUAGCAUUUUGGUUACCUUUCUGAAGAAAUGGUCUUGAAACAUCAGCCCGUGCCCCUGUAAUAGUAUAUUACUCUACUGCGAAGGGUAUAAACUUAUAAACUCGAUGUUGGCAAGCUUGACUAACCAAAAUGUACACAUGUUUUGUACUGGCAUGGCCAUCAGAAUGUAAAAGACACCUUGAGGUCCUUUGGAAUAAUGGCAAAAUAUUUGACGAAUGAA